UGCGUCGGAGACAGCAGAGGCGCGUGCUGUAUGACGCCGGAUCCCGAAGUGACGUCAUCCCAGAGCGCCAGCACAACGUGCCCGGUAGCAGCAUGGCGGAUCUCUCCCUGCAGCUGGCGCAGAGACUCGCGGCCAAUGAUAAGAAGAGCCGGGACCGGGCCCUGCGCAAACUGCGGGGUUACCUGAGGGCCCGGAGCGCCGCCCCGACCGGUGGAUUCACAGCUGAUGAGUUCUGCAAGAUCUGGAAGGGUCUCUUUUACUGUAUGUGGAUGCAGGACAAACCUCUGCUCCAGGAGGAGUUGGCGCGCUCCAUGUCCCAGCUGAUAAACACGCUGCAGUCGGCCAGUCACGUAUGUAUGCUGCUCCGAUUCCACUCACUAAGCGCCAUCACAGACUAAUCAAUAACCAUGAAAUCAUUUAAUAAAGGUUUCUCCGUUGUCCAUGUAUUAUACAGUGGUGACGGUGACCCCAGGAAGUGGAGCUUGAUACCCCCUCACCCUCAGGGCCAUUGUGUGCAGAUUGCUUUUAGACCGGUCCUCUCUGACCCUUUCAUGGUGGGCACCAUCCCCUCCUACCCUGUCACCCACACCGUGGUACAUCUGUACCUCCACCAGAAUCUGUCCUCCCAGAAUCCAUUGCUCCCUCUUACACAUGUGACCCGGGGGAGUGUUCUGUAUCCGCUGUGGAAUAUGUAAGAUGCUGAUAAUGACAUAACAUGCCCCAUCUCACAGUCCCCUCCUAUCUCCUGGCAGAGAACCUCUUUAUUCGCUGUUUUUGGCAAACCCUGAAUCGGAGUGGAAUGGAAUCGACCGUCUGCGUCUGGACAAGUUCUACACGCUAAGCCGGUUUGUGCUGCGUCAGUCUGCGGAGCUGCUCAGAAGAGCAGAUUGGGAGGAAAGGUAAGGGGG